UCCAAUUCCACGGCAUUAGCGUCAACAUUUCUAUUUCCAUAUCUCAUUAUGCAAUGUCUGUUCCGCAUGUUACACCGUCACAUGAUGACUACUGGCAAGCCAAACGGAGAAAGGUGCGCAAAGGCACCCACAGUUGCUGGGAAUGUAAGCGGCGGAAGAUGAAGUGUAGAUUCGAUCCGCGCAUUGUUGGUGCCUCCUGCAACGGCUGUCGACGACGCGGCUCCAGGUGUAUCAGCCAGGAGUUCCCCGAGGACCUUGCCUAUGCUCUCAUGGGCAUUGGAUCUAGCAGCCGUGAUGGCACUCCCUUUGACGGCAGCACUCGCGCUGCCACGCCCAGUGAGCGGGCACAUCAUAAUAUUCUCACGCCUGGGACAACGCGCUUGGAGCCUUCACGAUCCCAUGAGUCUUCCGAGCAUUAUCUUACGACCACCAGGAAUGAUACCUCACCACGUAAAUACGAGAGGUUGUCUCGGUUCUUACAUGAAUUACUCCCAUCGCGAGACGAUACGGAGAGGAUCUGCAAAGCCAGUCGCCACUCUUCCAUUCUCUCUCACGAAUUAUUGACUACGCCAUACACGACCCUCUACCAGAACGGCCUCCAAACGCCCGACAGUUUACUCAUGACCCCAGAACCCAACAUGCAUCCUGUGUUGAUCGCCAGGCACAUGCUCCAGCUUGCCCUCUUCCUCCAGCAUCUUCCCCCGGGUCUUCCCAAGGAGAUUAAAGGCCUGUCGGAACCACCUCGAGUCAUCAUGGAACGUGUAGCAGAUGUUGCAAUCUAUCACGUCACGACCAACGAAGAACUUAUCGGCAGCAUAGAGAGCCUCGAGUGCAUCAUGCUCGAGAGUUUAUACCAGGUGAAUAUUGGGAACCUUCGACGAGGCUGGAUCGCGGGUCGGAGAGCCAUCAGUGUCGCCCAGCUGAUGGGCCUUCAUCGAUUGGAUAACCAGACCCGACACAAGGCGCUCGACCCCAAGACAACUUAUAGCCCACAGCUCAUGUGGCUCCGUAUCCUCAUUUUAGACCACCAUCUCUGCCUCCUCUUAGGUCUUCCCCAAGGCUGCACCAACCAUAGUAUGGCCUCCGAGGCCCACCUCGCCAACGACUGCCCCAUGGGCCGUCUCGAGCGCCUGCACUGUAUCAUCAUGUCCCGCGUUCUCGAACGCAACGCAUCCAAGCGGAGCUGUCGCGACUACGCCACCACCCGCGCCAUCGACCUGGAGCUCCAGAAAGCCGCGGGCAGCCUCCCGAGCAAGUGGUGGCUGGUCCCCAAACUCGACCUGGCCUCCACCGACUUGCAAGCCGGGUUCUGGAAUAUGCGCCGCCUGGUCGUGCAGAUCUGUCACUACAACCUGCUCAACCAGUUGCAUCUGCCGUAUAUGCUGCGUUCCUCGUCGGCGGAGAGCCAAUCCGAGUAUUCGCGGAUCACGUGCGUCAAUGCGUCGCGCGAGGUCCUCUCGCGCUACAUCUCGCUCCGCAGCUUUAACCGCAUCGCGUACAGCUGUCGCACCGUGGAUUUCCUCGCCCUCAUGGCGGCCAUGGCACUCCUCCUCGCACAUAUGGAUAGUCAUCGCGACGGGGCGGAAAACCUGCUCGCGAACCAGUAUUUGGGCGAUCGCGGGAUGAUCGAGCAAGUGCAGGAAAACAUGGACGAGAUCAACCGGUUGAAUUCGGAUGAGCUGAGCGCGAAAAGUGCGGAGUUGUUGAAGGCGUUGUUGGCAAUUGACAUGGAAAAGGGAAAUAGGAGCGUGAGUGUGGGGGAGGCGGGAGGCGAGGGGCUGCUGCAGCAGGACGGGAUGGGCCUCGAGGAGGAGGGCGUGGUGCAGGUGCAUAUUCCGUAUUUUGGGAUUAUUCGCAUCGUCCGCGAUGUGGCGACCAGAACCACGCAUCGGGACGCUCUCACCACCAUCACUAACUCCGAACCGUCUUUAACACCCCCCUUCCACGUCUCUGACACAGCCGCUUCCCAUGAAUUUACCACCCCUUUCGCGGACCACCACCAUCAACAGCAGCCACAAGGCCAAAACACCUUCUCUGACCCCGGUCUUUCUCUGACCCCAUCCCCGCUGGCUCAGGGCGGGUACCCCGAACUAGCCGCAGGCAGCGAGGACUGGGCGUUUCAGGGGGUGGAUAUGGCGUUUUUUGAGAGCAUCAUGAGGAAUGCUGGGGGUGAUAUUUGAGCCCUGCGUUUGCAGCGGUUGGGUCCUUGCGACAGGGAAACCGGUCCCUAUCCGUGUGAGGAAGUACGGGCACUUAGUAUGUUUACGUG